GGAUGUCGAAGAGUAAGAUAGUGUUGGUGGUAGAUGUUUGCAGUAACACCCUACAGAUGGCAGUGUCUGUAAUGUCACAGUACAUCACUCAGCGACUCUAUAAUUACCCUGAGAACCUUGUUGCUGUAAUCCUAGUAGGAACUCUCAACACUGACGUGUCCCUUAUCAAUGGAAAUGUAGCAAACUUCAACAACAUCACUGUUGCAAAGCCACUUAUACCAGGGGAUAAGUCACUUCUUGGCUUGAUCCAGGACUUACCUGACCAAUAUGGGACUGAUAACACAAGAGUUGACCUGGUUGAGGGACUGGAAGUUGCAAUCCGUCUGUUCCAUCAAGAGAAAACAAAAACCCAUUGGAUGAGUGAAAAUAGGAUAAUGUUAUUUACGGAUGAGCAUGGAGAUUUCUCUUCAGAUCCCACCUCUGUUGCUACAGAAAUGAAUGGAAUAAAGCCUCAGAUAGUAUUCAAACUUAUUGGACCUGACCUAGAAAAUUCCCAAAAUUUAUCUGGAAACAUGAGAUCAAUGUACGAGUUUUGUUCAGUUGUGGAGCAAGGGGAAGGACUAAGCAUUGACGACGCUCUAACAAUAACUCGUCUUUACAAAACAAAGAAAGUUCGUCAGACUGCCGCUUUUAAAGGAUGUCUUGAAAUUGGUGGUGGUACUCAGUUUCCAGUACAUAUUAUCAACAAGAUAACCCCAACAUCACAUCAGCAAAGUCUAAAGAUGUGUGGUAGCGGGGGUGAGGCUGUGGUGCGAGACAGGGUGUACCAUCUCAAGGACGAAAAUCAGACUCAGAUAGAUCCUGAUUGCAUGAACAAGGGAUACAGGUACGGUAAAUCUCACAUUCCUAUCUCGAAAGUGGAUGCCAGCUUGAUGACGACAGAAACGGAAAAGGAGCUUGUUUUGAUCUGCACCACAAAACGGUCCAACAUCAGAAGGGAGGAGUUGUGUGGGAAAUAUGCGUACAGUGUGAUACCACCCCCAACUGAUACUCCAGGUGGCACCGGGAUGGCUGCCUUUGCCACUGCGCUCAGAGAUCUAGAUAUGGUGGCUGUUUGCAGGUAUGUUAAGAAAGCAGAUACACCACCAAAGCUGUGCUGCUUGUUUCCCAAUGUCAAAAGUUAUUGUGCAACACUCAUGAUGGUGGAACUGCCUUUCUCUAAUGAUAUCAAAAAAGCAGAGUUUCCAAAACUCAAAACUUCCCCCCAACCUGAUCAGGUGUCUGCUAUUGAUAAGCUCAUUGAAUGCAUGGACCUCACCACCAAGCCUGAUUUCAAAGCCAGUGAAAUAAGUAACCCCAACAUACAGAGACGAUAUCAGUGUGUCACCCACCGCAUUCUCCACCCUGAAAAGCCACUUCCAGAGGUGGACAUCUCCCACUUCUUUUCAAUUCCCACCUUUGAGAGCACAGUUAGUGAUGCAGUCAAGGAGUGUCACAAACAUUUUAACAUAAAAAUAGUGGAGACCAAGCCCAAGAAAAGAACAGCAGGAGAAAUGUUCACCACUGAUAAUGUGGACAUCAGCAAUGACAUCAAGAAAGUGAAAAAGGAGGACAUUUCAUUUGACGAGCUUUUAGGUUCAGGUGUAAAUAUAGGAACCACCAUGCCAGUACAAGAUUUCAAGUUAGCUUGUUCCAAGUUGGGAACUCAACCUGCUUGCAUGAUGAUGUGUGAUGUGAUCUAUCAGCUAGUUGAACAUCAGGGAGAUCACAUCACAGAUUGCUUGUGGAGUGUUAGAGCCUGCUGCGUACGGGAGGGACUGUUUGAUCUGUUUAACGACUUUCUGAAGAAGGCAUUUAAAUCGGAGACUGUUCAGAAGAUCUGUAAAGAGCAAGCACUUUCCCUGAUUCACAAAGGUGAAUGUGGAAGUAGUCCGAUAUCGGAGGUAGAGUCUGAGUGUUUCAUUAGAGGUGACGAGUUGUUGCAAGCGAUGGAGGAGGAUGAUGAUGAUGAUCUACUUGAUGAUUUAUAAACUAUUAAUUAACUAUUUGUUGGUUUAUAACCUAAUGAAGUUCAUAGUUCGAUAUUCACAAUUAUUGUAGUGACUUAGAUGCAGUUUCGUUUUUAAAGCUCCCCCCAAAGCUCCUUGACUUGUUGUACUGAUUUUUAGCUUUAUAUUAUAUAGUUUUUAUUUACAGUUAAUUUAUUCAUUGUUUGUUUAAAAAAGUAAAUUCUACUAUGUUAAAAUAAAAUUGUCGAAUGUAAAAUAUGAUGAUAUUUUGAAUGCUGAUUCAUAAGGUUAUUUCUAUUAACUAAGUGUCGCCUUAUACUCUAUAGUGUGCCCAAAUCAAGAUUUAACAUUUUAAAAUUUGUGUUGGCCAGUUUUCUCCUAUCAUACUUUUGAUUUUUAGUUAAAUAAAUAAAAUAUUCAAAUAAAGUUAAUGGGGUUCUAUUGGGCAGCCUACCCACAGGUCCAAUUAAACUUAAAUGUGAACUUCUGUCUGCU